ACACAGGUCAGUGACCAGGCUGAUAAAAGUUGUGACUUUUAUGACAGCAACAUAUGCACGGUAGGCUGUGGCUGCAUAGUCCACUUACGUUAACAUUAUUCACGAUAACCAAGAAUAGUUUUUUGUCCAACGCCCAUGUUAAUUUAUUCCUCAAACGACUGCUUCAUACAAACUUCAUACAUAAACCUGGAUUAAGGAUUCGAGCGAUGGCUCCUACAAUACACGAGUAUUCAACGACUCCAGGAAUUAAAAAGGGGUUUAGGACAACGUUGACGUGUGUGGGGAAGACAGCAAGACACCACCUUUCUGUGGGGGGGGGGAAGACAAUAAGAUUGUACCGUUAAAUAGGAGCCAUGAAGAAUACCCUUGAGGAUGAACUCAGGGAGCUCUUGCAGAAGAGGAUCAUGGUGUUGGAUGGUGGAAUGGGCACAAUGAUCCAGCAGAGAAACCUGGAGGAAUCGGACUUCAGGGGAGGGGAGUUCAGGGAUCAUCUGAAAAGCCUGAAGGGGAACAACGACCUUCUGAGCAUCACUCAGCCUGACAUCAUCUACCAGAUCCACAAGGACUACCUUCUUGCUGGUGCUGACAUAAUUGAAACCAACACAUUCAGCAGUACCAGCACAGCUCAGGCUGACUAUGGCCUGGAGAAUUGGGCAUACCGUAUGAACAAGGCCUCUGCAAAGAUUGCCCGGAAGGCUGCUGACGAUGUUGCAACCCAAACGGGUGUCAAAAGAUAUGUGGCUGGAGCACUUGGUCCGACCAACAGAACGCUCUCUGUGUCCCCGUCUGUGGAAAAACCUGACUUCAGAAACAUCACAUUUGAUGAAUUGGCUGAGGCCUAUACUGAGCAGACUAGAGGCCUGUUGGAUGGAGGGGUGGACAUCCUGCUGGUGGAGACCAUAUUUGACACCGCCAAUGCCAAGGCGGCUCUGUUUGCGAUCGAUAAGCUUUUUGAACAAGAGUACGAAAGAAGACCCAUCUUUAUUUCUGGAACAAUUGUGGACAAAAGCGGUCGCACCCUCUCUGGGCAGACGGGGGAGGCCUUUGUCAUCAGCGUAUCUCACGCCAAGCCCCUGUGCAUCGGGCUGAACUGUGCACUCGGAGCCACCGAAAUGAGGCCUUUCAUCGAAGCAAUUGGCAAAAGCACCACUUCCCUUAUCAUUUGCUAUCCUAACGCCGGACUUCCGAACACUUUUGGUGGAUAUGAUGAAACACCAGAGUUAACAGCAAAGCAUUUGAAGGAAUUUGCGGUGGAUGGAUUGGUGAAUAUUGUUGGUGGUUGUUGUGGAACUACCCCUGAACAUAUCAGGGCUAUCGCAGAAGGAGUGAAACUCUGCCAGCCAAGAGUGCCUCCUACUGGUGUCUUCCAGGACUACAUGCUGCUUUCAGGUCUGGAGCCCUUUCGGAUAGGGCCCUACACCAACUUUGUCAACAUCGGCGAGCGCUGUAACGUAGCGGGGUCUCGGAAGUUCGCCAAGCUGAUUAUGGCGGGAAACUUUGAGGAGGCUCUGAACGUCGCUAAGGUCCAGGUGGAAUUGGGGGCCCAGGUGCUGGACAUCAACAUGGACGAGGGUAUGCUGGAGGGCCCCACGGCCAUGGCGCGAUUCUGCAACUUCAUCGCCUCGGAACCCGACAUCUCCAGGGUGCCCCUCUGCAUCGACUCCUCCAACUUCGCUGUGAUCGAGGCGGGGCUAAAGUGCUGCCAGGGGAAGUGCAUCGUGAACAGCAUCAGCCUGAAGGAGGGCGAGGAGGAGUUCCAGAGCCGCGCCAACUGCGUCCGCCGCUACGGGGCCGCCGUGGUCGUCAUGGCCUUCGACGAGGAGGGCCAGGCAGCGGACACAGAGCACAAAAUUCAGGUGUGCACCAGGGCGUACCACCUCCUCAUUGACAAGGUUGGCUUCAACCCCAACGACAUCAUCUUCGACCCCAACAUCCUGACCAUCGGCACGGGGAUGGAGGAGCACAACGAGUACGCCAUCAACUUCAUUGAGGCCACCAAGGCCAUCAAGGAGACUCUGCCGGGGGCGAGGGUCAGCGGAGGACUGUCCAACCUGUCCUUCUCCUUCAGAGGAAUGGAGGUCAUCAGAGAGGCCAUGCACGGGGUCUUCCUGUACCACGCCAUCAAGGAUGGGAUGGACAUGGGCAUCGUAAACGCGGGGAACCUCCCUGUCUACGAUGGCAUCGAUAAGAACCUGCUGCAGCUCUGUGAGAACCUGAUCUGGAACCGAGACCCUGAAGCCACCGAGAAACUGCUGCUGUACGCACAGAACAACGCCAAAGGCGCCAAGAAGGUGAUCCAGACAGACGAGUGGAGGGAGGGCAGCGUGGAGGAUCGUCUGGAGCAUGCGCUCGUCAAGGGCAUAGAGAAAUACGUGGUGGAGGACACAGAGGAGGCCCGGCUCCAGGUCGACAGGUACACCAGGCCCCUCCACAUCAUCGAGGGGCCCCUGAUGAACGGGAUGAAGGUGGUUGGAGAUCUGUUCGGAGCGGGGAAGAUGUUUCUGCCUCAGGUCAUCAAGUCGGCCCGUGUGAUGAAGAAAGCAGUGGGUCACCUGAUCCCCUUCAUGGAGAAGGAGAGGGAGGAGAUGAUGGCGGCCUCAGGCUCCACGGAGGAAUCGGAUCCCUACCAAGGCACGAUCGUUUUGGCCACGGUGAAGGGGGAUGUCCACGACAUCGGCAAAAACAUCGUCGGCGUGGUCCUAGGCUGCAACAAUUUCAGAGUGAUCGACCUGGGCGUCAUGACUCCAUGCGAUACGAUACUGAAGGCAGCAGUUGAGCGGAAAGCUGACAUCAUUGGCCUGUCCGGACUGAUCACCCCUUCGCUGGAUGAGAUGAUCUAUGUUGCCAAGGAAAUGGAGCGCCUGGGGAUGAAGACGCCUCUCCUCAUCGGAGGAGCCACCACGUCGAAGACCCACACGGCGGUGAAGAUCGCCCCGCGGUACGCAGCCCCCGUCAUCCACGUGCUGGACGCCUCACGCAGUGUGGUAGUGUGCUCUCAGCUCUUAGAUGAGAAUCAGAAAGAGGAUUACUUCGAGGAGAUCACAGAAGAGUACGAGGACGUUAGACAAGACCACUACGACUCUCUGAAGGACCGCCGGUUCCUGGCGCUGGGCCAGGCCCGAGAGAGGGGACUGCACCUGGACUGGCACUCCCAGACACGCCCUGUAUGCCCACAUGUGAUUGGUACCCAUGUGUUUGAGGACUACGACCUGAGCAAGCUGUUGGACUAUAUCGACUGGAAGCCCUUCUUUGACAUCUGGCAGCUGAGGGGGAAGUACCCCAACAGAGGGUACCCUAAAAUCUUCAAGGACAAGACUGUGGGAGAGGAGGCCAGGAAGGUGUUUGACGAGGCUCAGGCGCUCCUGGCCCGGCUGAUGGAGGAGAAGCGUCUGCAGGCCCGGGGCCUGGUGGGGUUCUGGCCCGCGCAGACCGUCGGGGACGACAUCCACGUCUACGCCCAUGACACGGUUCCCCGCAGCGCCCAGCCUGCGGCCACGUUCUACGGGUUACGCCAGCAGGCAGAGAAGGAGUCCUCGAGCCCGGACCCGUACCUGUGCCUGUCGGACUUCGUGGCCCCGUUGGACAGCGGGGUCCCUGACUACAUCGGCAUGUUCGCAGUGGCCUGCUUCGGGGCCGAGGAGCUGUGCCGUGAGUUCGAGGCUCAGGGGGACGACUACAACAGCAUCAUGGUCAAAGCCCUGGCCGACCGCCUGGCUGAGGCGUUUGCCGAGGAGCUGCAUGCCAGGGUCCGUAAAGACUUCUGGUGCUACAGCUCAGAGGAGGAUAUAGACGUGGCUGACAUGCACAGGAUCCGAUAUGCCGGGAUCCGGCCCGCUCCGGGUUACCCCAGCCAGCCGGAUCACACCGAGAAGACUACCAUGUGGAAGCUGGCUGAAGUGGAGGAGAAAACAGGUAUCAGGCUUACGGAAUCCCUGGCCAUGACUCCCGCGGCUGCUGUCUCAGGGCUGUACUUCUCCAACCCCAAGUCCACCUACUUCGCUGUGGGGAAGAUCACCAAGGAACAGGUUGAAGAUUAUGCUCGGAGGAAAGAGAUGCCUGUCGCUGAGGUAGAGAAAUGGCUGGGACCGAUCCUGGGAUAUGUCACUGACUGACACACCUACAGGGUUGCUGGGAUACCAAGACCAACCUGAAAAAACUGCUAGGGUCCCGGGCUCAGCCAAUGUUUACAUAUCAGCAAAGACUGCCCACCUGAACCCAACCCGCAACCUACUUUUUUUUUUUUUACUUUGUUUUAAGCAAUGUGUAGAUCUGUUUUAGAUCAGAUUUUUUUUUCAGUGAUAGUUUCUCACUAUCGAGAAAUUGGCAUCUUUUUCAGAUUUUCUUAGAUUUAAAAGCGUUCUUUAAAAUGUGUUUGUUACCAUCUGACUAGUUUGAUCUCUUUUAUAAUAUGUGGUUUUAUUAUGGACUUUUUAUGCCAAGGGAGAAAACCAGUAUUAUAUGUCUUAAUUUAAUUCUGAGAAAUGAUCCGGUUCAUUUCAAGCAAAUUUGUUUACAAUUAGCAUAAGUGCCCUUAAAUGUGAUUAUUUUGUACAUGAUGAUAUCACCUGUUUUAGUUUACGAUGUGCGUUUUAGAUCCCUCCUUAAAGGAAUACACCAACAUCCGACUACCCAGCCUAAGACGAGGUUGCGCUUCUUCACUGUGCUCGACCAGUCGAAGACGGAAGGAAGGGCAACAUUCGUACAGUUCAGCGGUUAUAGUUCCAACCGUUUAAGUUCUCUGAAAUCAACAUCUCUCAUUUUUCCCCACACUUGUAUUUCAAAUACACAUGAUACCUUAUGUAAAUAACACAGCUUUGGAGUUGCUAUAAGGUGUAUUUCUUCACCUUGAAGGAGGUAGGCUACUGACUCCUAUAGGCUUUGAGUCUUUAUACUAAGCUAACACGUUGUGCUAACAUGGAAACCGAGCCAGUGAAUGCUCAAAAAUUUUAAUGAAAUCGAAAAUCUGAUCUAAGUCUGGGUAAGCCGGAAAAAAGAUACAUUUCCCAAAAUGUAGGUGUAUUCCUUUCAGUUCGGAUAAUUUUACAUUUUAGACUAAAAUUAAAGGUGCUACAACAGAGAAAUGUGUUUUCACAGUAUUGGUAUCAGGGUGACUAUCUGGGAUCUUUUCCUCCCUUAGUCUGCUCAGCAGCAGUAUUUUACAGAUUUAUUUUGCCAGGAAGCUGCAAUGCACUGUUAUCCCCAGAGGGGGCACACUUGUUCAGCUGACCCGAGAGUGUCUCACACUCACUUUCUGGAGGGCUGUGGACAGGCAUGUUUUUGUUUCAAGUAGCUGUUCUAGCUUAAGUCAAAUUAAUUCACCAGCAGAUCUGUGGGCUCUUUAAAUUCAUACUAAUGUGUCUCUUUAGGAAAUACAUACAGUCUUCACCUGUGACUUAGAAUUCCAAUACAAUACGUUAAAACAAGUUGAACUGAGGGAAUUUAAUCAGUAAUUCAUGUGUGCUCGCAGUCCCUAGGAAGUUAAUUUGAUGGCGCCUGGAAACUGGGCUACUCUCAGACAAUAUCAUGCUGAUCCUGAUCUAUACCACAUGUAGAUAAUUUGUUUGUUUAUACUUGAAAUGUCAAACGCUUUGCCACUGAAUAAAAAAAGCUUAAGACUUCA